AUGUCCACCGAACAAACCUUCAUUGCUGUCAAGCCAGACGGAGUCCAGCGCGGCCUCGUCGGCGACAUCAUUCAGCGCUUCGAGAAGCGUGGCUACAAGUUGGUCGCUCUCAAGAUGGUCUCUCCUUCCAAGGAGCAUCUCGAGAAGCACUACGAAGACCUCUCUGACAAGCCUUUCUUCAAGGGCCUUGUUACAUACAUGCUCAGCGGUCCUAUUGUUGCCAUGGUCUGGGAAGGCCGUGAUGCUUGCAAGACUGGUCGAUCCAUCCUCGGUGCCACCAACCCGCUCGCCUCUGCUCCAGGUACCAUCCGUGGUGACUAUGCCAUCGACGUCGGCCGCAAUGUCUGCCACGGCUCCGAUGGUGUCGAGUCCGCCAAGAAGGAGAUCGCUCUUUGGUUCUCGAAGGAGGAGGUCCAGUCCUACAAGUCCGCCCAGUUCGACUGGAUCUAUGAGAAGGCUUAA